AUGACUGUGAUCUUCCAGCUGAUGGCUUUCUGCCUGGGUCUCCUCUCCACCCUCCUCCUCGUCGUAGCCACCUGCACCGAUUGCUGGAUGGUUAAUGCUGAUGAUAGCUUGGAGGUCAGCCUCAAAUGCCGGGGGCUGUGGCGGGAAUGUGUCACCAACGUGCAGGAUGGCAUCAGGACUUGUGACCAGUAUGAUUCCAUUUUAGCAGGCCAUCCAUUGAAGAUCGUGGUGACGCGAGCCCUGCUGAUCACAGCAGACAUUCUGGCGGGCUUGGCUUUGAUUAUGCUGCUGUUGGGUCUGGACUGCAUCAAGUUUCUCAAGGAAGCGCCCCAUAUUAAACUGAAGAUGUGCUACAUGGCUGGCUUAACUCUUGGCCUUGGAAGUGUCCUUGGCAUGGUCGGCUCCGUGUGGUAUGCAGUGGAUGUCUAUGUGGAGAGAGCUACUCUGAUAUUACACGACGUAUUCCUGGGGAUCCACUACGACUUCGGGUGGUCUUGCUGGCUGGGAAUGGUUGGUUCGACAGGUUGCUUUAUAGCAUCCAUCAUGCUAACGUGCUGCCUUUAUAUUUUCACAGACUUUUGGACUCAGCAAGACCUGGGGGCAAUGAGUUCCACAGGUUAG